AAAAUAAGAUAUGAAAAUCCUAUAGGAAUUGUGGGCAGAAAGUAGCUUCCUUUGACCAUACUGAGCAUGCUCCACUGCAUUUGACCGUGCUCAGAUGCACCGGAAAGGAGGAAGUGACGAGGCGGGAAAAGGUGUAAGCCUUAAAACUGCAGUAGUGUUGAGGUGGCUCUGACAUAGAGGCAAGAAAUUACCGGAGUGAUGUGUCUCCCUAUCGCUAUAGAAAACUGCCGGAAACCAUUUUUUUUAGGUUUCUUUGGAGAAAAAUGAACAAUGCUCACAGAAACCAAUGGAGAUUCUUAGCGUAGCUAAGACUGGGUAGCCCAACGUCACCUAUCCACUCUGCUUGAUAGCCAUGGCGAGAACCGGAAUGCGUCCUUUUUGUAUCCUAGAUUCCUAUGCCUUAUUUUGUGUGAAAAACAUAAGUUUUUCAUUUUUCAUUAAGUCUCUGGCGCCCAUUAAGUAUCAAGACCUUUGGCGGCUUUCAAUUAGCCUCCGUGUCAGCCUGUGUCACUCUAGUACAUUUCCUGUCUCUAUAGGCUGUGAGGCAAUUAAUAAAGCACUUCCUCCGACACCCUGUCUGCCUCCUUUUCGCGUCACUUCCGCGAAAACAGAACGUCUUGAGGAAAUUUGGUCGCGAUGCGUACCCGUAGGGAGGGACCAACGCCUGGGAUGGUCUCUAUGACAACAGGGGGACGCGCUGGGCAUGGGCAGCUCAGGAUGCGUGGCAGAGCCUGAGGUUUCGGACGAUAUGACUAUGAAUUGUCCUUAUUAAUAUUCAGAAGGUCGUCAGAAGUUAGGAGCGCAAGUUUCGCCUCAGAGGUGUAGGAGUAAAGAGGCAUGAUAAAUGAAUAGCUUACAUGAGCGUGCGACUGUUCAUGAAACUGUACUGGACGCUCCUUAUUGUUGACAGAAGGGCGAGGGGCGUGUCCGGGAUGCUGUUGUAGUUAGUUACGAAAAGAAAGGGGCGGUGUGCUACUACUGUGGCUGAGACUGAGCCUGGAAGUCCAUAGUGCUUGGAGUUAGUGUAUUUGCAGGCUUGGUAGAGAAAGGGAGUUGAGCUUGAUUACUGGAUCAGAUAUCUAUGGAGCCUCCAUGGCCUUCCCUGACUGAGGAAUGGCAACUCCAACACUGAACCCUCCACCAGAGCUCCCAUUUGCAGCCACCUUGUUCUUGCCCCUCCCUGCCAUCGUCAUCUUGGCUGUUGGCUCCUACCUGCUCCUCCUCGCCCUCGUCCUGGUCCUCCGACAGUGCCUUCUGGCCCGUGGCCUUUGUGCCAACUGCUGCUCGUGUGAAAAAGGGUCUUGGCCAAGUGUAUGUGAAUGCUGUUUGGCCUGUGCAGAGUCAUGUGAUUGUGCCCUCCCUUCCCCAACCCGCUGCCUGGAUGGCUGCUGCUCUUGCACUAAUGACUGGGGACCAGGGACUUGCUCCUUCCCGCACUGGUGUCCACUCUGUGAUUGUGCCUGUGCAUAUCAGCCCCCAGACUGUCAGAGCAUCAACUGUAUUUGCUUUGAGAUAAAAUUGCGAUAAAGGAUUGUGACCCCAAGAUAACAGGGAUUUGGGAGUCUUUGUACAAGUGGAUGAUAACCAAAUUGGCAGUGGCCCAGCCUGGCAAAAUUCACUGUGCUGAUGCAGGGAGAUUUGUCAUUCGCAUUUUUUUCCUUUUUCUAUUUUUUAAAAAUGCUCUUGAUCUUUGUAAUACUUGUUUGAUAUUACUGUUUUUAUGCUACAUUUUAUAAUAAAGUGAGUUGCAUACUUGUGUUAA